CGGGGGCAUCGCUUGCUACAGGUGGGCGUGACAUAAAGCGGGGAUUUAUAACAGAUCAGUAAAACGCCACAGAACCAGUUUAGAUCUGAUCUGGUCCACCAUGAACAGCGUACAAAUUCAGUUCGCUACCAGGCUGCUGUGUUCCAACGGGGGCUCCAUGUCCCUGGUCCAGUUCCACCAGAACCUGCUGCAGAACUUCUCUAUCAGUGAUCCAGACUUCCUCUUGACCGUGGAUCAGUGCUCCAGGUUCCUGGUGGUGGACGGGGACCGGGUGGAGGAUGGGACCGUGGUGGCCCAAACCUCUUUGAGACUGUGCAGUAAAUAUUGCAAUGAGGAGUGUUCCGGGUCCGGAUGUCAAGACCUUCACCUGUGCAGGUACUUUGUGUACGGGACCUGCAGGUACAGCAAGGCCAGAAAGCCGUGUAAGUUCUCCCACGACAUUCAUUCUGAUCACAACUACCCGUUACUGAGAGAGUGCACGCUGGAUAACCUUAACGAAAGUGAACUGUUCCUCCUGCUGCUGCAGAACGACACCACCUUGCUACCCCAGUUGUGCUGUCACUACAAUAAAGGCUCGGGGCCCUACGGAGACUGCCGCUUCCUGGAAAAGUGCACCAAGCUGCACCUGUGCAAGCACUUUGCCCACGGCGAGUGUCUGUUUGGGCACAAGUGCAAGCGUCAUCACACCAUCGACGAGGAGGUCCGCCUCAUGCUUCAGGGCAGAGGCCUGAGCGGUGACAUCAUUCCUCAUCUGCCCACCAUUUACCAGAACAACCAUCACUUGCAUGCUGACUCCGCCCUCUCAGAGAUGAGUCUGGAUUCAGUGUUUAAACUGUCCCAAAGUGACGACCUGGAUCAGAUCUGUCUGCACUUCUUUCUAAAAACCUGCAAGUUUCAGGAAAACUGCACGCGUGUGCACUUCCACCUGCCGUACCUGUGGGAGGUGUUUGAUGGUGACAUGUGGAUGAUUCUACAGGACAUGGAGGAUGUGGAACGAGCAUUCUGUGACCCGUGCAAUACAAGAAGCUCGGGCCCCUGGCCUGUGGAUUUCAUCACGAUGACACAGGAUGGCAGACCUGUCCGCCGUCUUUCUACCAUUUCCUCGGUAACUAAACCGCUUCACUACCGCCUGACCACAGAGUGGCGCUGGUUCUACCAGAGCAGCGGUGGGAACUGGGUGGAGUAUGGCGAACCGGACGAGCACCAGAGAACAACAUCAGUGAGCUCACGGCUUCUGGAGGAGGCGUACCAAGCCAACAGAAGGGCAGAGGUCAAGGUCAUCAAAGGCAAUAAAGAGUAUUUAGUAUGCUUCACAGAUAUGAGGCAACGGAACUUAAGACAAAACACCAAGAGGAAGAUUCGUCGCCGUCCGCGCUUUUUCUCUGCCACAGAUGUGGAAAAACAAGUGGCUCAGUAAAAAAAAAAAAAAAAAAAAAAAAAAAAGUUAUUUUCACC